GGCGGGGCCGCCCUGCGCAGGAAACGAAACCGCUCGAGUGGCCGGGGCGGGCCGCGCUGUGCCUCGCCGAGACCGUUGGCUUGGGCCCUAUGGCGGCCGCGGAGGCGGUGGCCGCGGCCGCGCCUGUGGAGGCGGCGCUGGAUCCUAGCGGGCUCUCUCCGAAGGAAGAAGGGGAGCUGGAAGACAGCGAAAUCAGCGACGAUGACAACAACGGCUUCGGGCCCUGUGGCGGCGGCGGCGGCUCCGAGCCCGGCGGCGGCCUCGUCAGCAGCAGGCCCUACUCGAGGCGCAGGUCGCCUCCCGGCCUCCGCGGGGGUACCUCCCUCUCCUCCUCCGGUCGGCGCUUCCCCCGCUCGCGGCACCAGCCCCCGCCGGAGAUGGGGCACCUGCACGGCCACGGCGGGUAUCGGCCCAAGGACUCGUUCCGCUCCCAUCCGCCGCCCAUGCCGGCGCCGCGGAUGCCGUCGGGGUCGCACUCCGAGACGGGUCCCCGGCUCUCCUUCUGGGAGCGCAGCCACAAUGCCCUGGACCGAUUCCGCUUCCGUGGUUGGCCCUACAGGGGCGGAGGGCGCUGGGGUAGGAGCCGCGGCGGCGGUGAUCGGGGAGGCAGCCCUCCGGGGCGGCCGCCCGGAGGGGGAGGCGGUGCCGGAUUCAGUAGCAGCCAGGGCUGGAGGGAGCCAUCGCCUCGGAAAUCCAAAACUUUUGGAAAGUCCCCAUCUAGAAAGCAGAACUACUCUUCAAAAAACGAAAACUCUGUGGAAGAAAGUUUUGAGGAUCUGCUCUUGAAGUAUAAGCAGAUACAGUUAGAGCUUGAAUACAUAAAUAAAGAUGAAAGACUGGCUUUGAGCAACAGGGAAGAAAACGAACACCAAGAUGAUAAAACAGUGGACACUGAGGACCAAAUAACUGUAGAAAAUAACAGUAUUACAACGGAUGCUAUAAAAGAAGUAUCUCCUGAGGAGAAAAAUCCGGUUAUAGCCUUUCAGGCAUUUGAACUGAAACCUCUCAGACAAAAACUACCUACACCAGCUGAGAGGAGCAGAUUAAAAAAAGGCAAAGAAGGAACGAAACAGUCAUCACAAAAAUCUGAAGUCACAGAAUCCGGCCAAGGUACAGAAGACAAAGAACCAACAUCAGUGCGAAAGCUUAGCGGUUCAGAAGUUACAUCUGAAAAGAAGCUGCUUGAUGAUGAGGAGGAGAUGUCUGAAUUGCAGCUUAGGCUUCUUGCACUUCAGUCUGCUAGUAAAAAAUGGCAGCAAAAGGAACAACAGGUGAUGAAGGAAAGCAAGGAAAAAUUAACAAAAACAAGAAGUGUGACACAGAAAGUCAAAGCCAGUACAAAAGCAUAUUCAACAAAAAAGCCAAGUGCUACAGCCAAGCAAGCUUUGAGGAAACAACCGACAAAGACAUCAAAGAAGAUGCAGCAGCAAAAGGAACAAGACAGGCGUCAGAAAGAGGAAGACCAGAGGAAACAAGAAGAGGAAGAGGAGAGAAGAAAGAGAGAAGAAGAAAUCAGAAAAAUUAGGGACCUCUCAAAUCAAGAAGAGCAGUACAAUCGAUUUAUGAAGCUAGUUGGAGGAAAGAGGAGAUCGAGAAACAGGUCUUCAGACAUGGACUUGAGAUGGUCUUUGGAUAAGCAGUCUACAGAUAGUGCAGGAGGCAUAUAUCAGUAUGAUAAUUAUGAUGAAGUUGCUAUGGAUACAGAUAGUGAAACUAACUCUCCAGCUUCUUCUCCAGUGCAGCCUCCUUUCUUUGAGUGUCCAAUAGGAUAUUAUCCGCCUCCAGUCCCACCAAUUUCCUUGCCACUGCCACCUCCAAUUCCACCUGUACCAUCUUUGAGCCAUCUUUAUGUGGAGGGUAUUUCUUGUGUUUCUCUUGAGCCACCUCCACCUCUUCCACCUCUUCCCCCUGAAGAGCCUGAACAACCACCAAAACCUCCAUUUGCCGAUGAGGAAGAAGAAGAGGAGAUGCUCUUAAGAGAAGAAUUACUUAAGUCUCUAGCCAACAAACGAGCUUUCAGAUCUGAGGAAACUUCAAGUAACAGUGGUCCACCUUCUCCUCCUGUUCCAGAUAAUUUGCAAUCUGUGCCAAGAAGCAAUCUGUCCGCUGUCAGUAUUAAUACUGUGUCUCAGCCACGGGUACAAAAUACAAAGUUUGUUAGAGUACCGAGGCUUCCACGAGCAGUGAUCACACUUCCAAAACAUAAGUCUGUUGUGGUUACAUUAAAUGAUUCGGAUGAUAGUGAGUCUGAUGGAGAGCCAUCUAACUCAACUAACAGUGUAUUUGGAGGACUAGAAUCUAUGAUAAAAGAAGCAAGGAGAAAUGUUGAGGCCUCAAAAAUCAAAGCCCCUCCAAAAUCAGAAAAAGAAAAUGAUCCAAUGAGAACUCCAGAGGCUCUACCAGAAGAUAAGAAGAUAGAAUACAGACUCUUAAAAGAAGAGAUUGCCAGUCGUGAGAAGCAGCGUUUAAUUAAAUCUGAUCCACUGAGGAACAACUCGUCCCCUGCAAAUUCUGAUGCUGAAGUUGAUGGAAUUGGGAGAAUAGCAGUAGUGACAAAACAAGUUACAGAAGCAGAAGCAAAGCUUAAGAAAAACAGAUUUCUGUUGAUGAAGGAUGAAUCUGUCUUGAAACAUUUGUUGCAACAAGAGGCCAAGAGGAGAGAGAAUGUUCGAAUUGCUGAAAAUAAAAUUAACAAACUGGCUGAACAGCUACAAGCAACAGAGAAGAUCUUGAAUGCUAAUAAAAUAUUUCUCAAGAAGCUUCAGGAACAAAUUCAUAAAGUUCAACAACGAGUUACAGUAAAAAAAGCUCUGGCAUUAAAAUAUGGGGAAGAACUUGCUCGAGCAAAAGCAGUAGCGAGUAAGGAAAUUGGGAAACGAAAACUGGAGCAAGAUCAUCUUGGACCAAGCAAAAUGUUGAAAUUGGAGAACUCCCCUGCAUCAAGUCCAAAAAAACAUUCAGCAGAAUUGAUUGCACUAGAGAAAAAACGACUACAGCAACUAGAGUAUGAAUAUGCUCUAAAGAUUCAGAAAUUGAAAGAGGCCCGUGCGCUUCAAACCAAGGAACAAUCAAACAUUGCACCUCAUGCAGAAGAGGAAUCUGAAUUUGCGUUACCUCAGCCAUCGCUUCAUGAUCUUACACAGGAUAAAUUGUCUUUGGACAGUGGAGAAAACUACUUUGAUGAUGAAGUUCUGUCUAAUUCAAACCGAGAACGAAGGAGAUCUUUCAGAGAAUCUAAUUCUUUCACUAAACCAAAUCUUAAACAUAUGGACACACCGAAACAAGAAACUAUAAACAAACUUUCUAAAAAGGCAUCAGAGGAGCCUGAGCUGUUCCUUGGGUUGAAUAUUGAUGAACUGAAAAAACUUUAUGCUAAAGCUGACAGCUUGAAAGAGCUGCUAGUGAAAAGCACUGCCUUUAUAGUACUGAAGGAAGAUCUGCUGUGUGGUCAGGAAAUUUCAGUGGAUGCAGAUCUUGUUACAUCGCAAAGUAAACAAACCGAAACAAAACCAUUUCCAUUUGGACCGUAUCAUAGUCCUCUUCUACUGUUUAAAUCCUACAGGUUUAGUCCGUAUUUUCGAACCAAGGAAAAACUGUACCUCAGUUCAGUAACAUACAGCAAUAUGAUUGAGCCAAAACAGUGUUUCUGCCGUUUUGAUUUAACAGGCACAUGUAAUGAUGAUGACUGUCAGUGGCAGCACAUGAAAGACUGCACUCUUAGCCGUAACCAGCUGUUUCAGGAUAUUCUGUCUUACAAUUUAGAACUGAUUGGCUGUUCAGAAAAAAGCACUGAUGAGGAAAUCAACACUGCCACAGAAAAAUAUGUUGAAAAACUUUUUGGUAUAAACAGAGAUCGUAUGUCAGUGGAUCAGAUGGCUGUUCUUCUGGCCAGCAAUGUCAAUGAGAGUAAAAGUCACACACCUCCAUUUACAACAUGGAAAGAUAAAAGGAAAUGGAGACCGAAGUACUGGAGAAAACCUCUGUUAGAUAGUAGCAGCAGUGAAGAGGAACAGUCUGUUGGACCCAUUAAAUAUGCUCAUCCCACAGAGCAUAAAAAAAGAGUUCCAGCUCUUGAUACCGUAGUGACUCCCGAUGAUGUCCGUUAUUUCACAAGUGAGACUGAUGACAUUUCCAACUUGGAGGCAAGUGUUCAAGAAAACCCCUGUGACGUACAGCUUUGGAUUAAACUUGCAUACAAAUACUUGAAUCAAAAUGAAGGCUCAUCAUCUGAGUGUUUAGAUUCUACUUUAAAUGUUUUGGCUCGAGCCCUUGAGAACAACAAAGAAAAUCCUGAAAUUUGGUGUCAUUACCUCAGACUCUUCUCAAAAAGAGGAACCAAGGAGGAGAUACAGGAAAUGUGUGAAACAGCAGUGGAAUAUGCUCCUUCUUAUCAGAUCUGGUGGACAUUUUUGAAUUUGGAGAAUUCCUUUGAGGGAAAAGACUACGUAUGUGGGAGGGUGCUCCAGUUCCUGAUGGAAGCGAGUGGGAGAGAAGGAAAUCCAAAUCUUGUGUCCUUUCAGCUGCUGGAGACUCUCCUGUACAGGGUUCACUUAAGCCUGUUUACAGGAAGACAUCAGAAUGCUCUUGUUCUGCUGCAGAAUGCUUUAAAAACAGCAAAUGAAAAGGUAAUAUCAGAACACCUUACUGUAAGUGACCGUUGCUUGGCUUGGCUGGCUUACAUACAUCUAACUGAAUUCGGCAUUCUCCCAGUCAAGUUCUAUGAUCCAGCUAAUGUCAGUCCUUCAAGGAUCAUGAAUAAAGAGCCAUUUUUGAUACCAUGGCAAACGGUUCAAGAUGUGAAGACUGAUCCUGAUAUGCUAUUAGCUAUGUUUGAAGAUGCAGUCAAAACAUGUACCGAUGAAAGCCUUGAGGCUGACAAAAGAAUAGCUAUCUGCUUUCCUCUCUAUAGAAACAUGAUAGCUUUGCUGAAACUUCUUGAAAGGUGGGAGUCUGCUGCAGAACUCUGUAGAUCUUUAUUGGAGAUCUGCCCUGACAACUGCCAGCUCUUGGAGAGUUUGGCCACCUUGUAUUUGCAGAUGGAUCAGAGUGACAAUGCCUACAAAGUGUGGAUUGGAGCUUUUGAGAGGAAUCCUCAGAAUGCAGAAAUCUUUUAUCAGUUGUGUAAAUUCCUUGUUUCACAGGAAAGGUCAAGCAGUAUUCUUCCACUGUUGCAAGAUUUUGUGGCAGCUUUCUUUGAGAAUACAUGCCAAGAGCAUGGUCCUAUGGAUCUCUUAAGAUAUCUCUUGAAUUUUCCAAUGCCAAUUGAAUUUACAUCACCUCUCUAUAAAGAACAUCUUACAGAUGAUAUUGUAAACCAGCAAAUCCCUUAUCUGUGGCAGAUCUACUGUUUGUGCCAGUCUCUUCAUGCGAGUUUUGGGGAAGCACUGGAUGCUUAUGAAGCAGCUCUGGGGGCAGUGAUGCAGCAGGAAACUGUUCAGAACAUCUGGCUGGAUUACCUUGUUUUUAUCAAUAGCAAAGUUGUUGGAUCCAACAACAAAGUUCAAGAAUUCAAGCUUUUUACUGACCUAGUGAACAGAUGUCUGGUUACAGUCCCCACACGAUACCCAAUUCCUUUUAGUACUGCUGAUUAUUGGACCAAUUAUGAGUUUCAUAAUAAGGUAAUUCUUUUUUAUUUGAGCUGCAUUCCAAAAUCUCAACAUUCCAAAACCUUGGAACGGUUUUGUUCUACCAUGCCUGCUAAUCCUGGACUUGCACUGAGGAUUAGAGAGUCCGUGUUUUACUGUAUUCAGCUGCAGUGAACUCAUGAACAUUUGAUUGAGUAAUUUUGAAAAGUCCCCAAACACUUACUGUUCAUCAUCAACAGUGACCCCAAAGAAUUCAAAGCAAGAUUUGAAAUAAGUGUGUGUGGUUGGGGGCGAGGGGAGAGUAUGACACACCUGCCUUUGGCACAUGAAGUUGAAUUGCUGCAUCUUAAACCAAGUUGCGAUUCUGUCUAGAUGGAACUUGCAGCUUCCUUAGACAAUGUUGAUACUACAUGAAAUGGGUGAGCAGAACUGACUGAACAGUAUCUUCUAACCACAUGACUAUAAUUAGCCUCCUUUCAAAUAUACUGUUACCUUUUGCAUGCUAAAAAUGGAUCAUCUUUUCUCUCUGAUUUCACACUUAGUUGUUCUUGUGAAAGUGUAUCUGUGUUCAGUCAAUUAUUGUAUAUGGUGGCUUGGGUUUUUUCCUACUUGCAAGUCUUGGCUCAGUUUAGGUAGAAUGUAUUUUGUUUAACGUGUUUGUAUCUUUGGAUUGCUUUUCUGUUCCCAGUGAUUAGAGCAGUGUUUCUCAUGAAUGCCUUUUACAGACUGCUUCUGCAAUACUGGGAGGAGAGCAAUGUUCAAAUUCUGAAACUGCAAGCCAAGAUGUUUACAUAUAAUAUCCCAACAUGCCUGGCCAUCUGGAAAAUGUAAUGCAACAGUCAUACAUCUGUUUUCAUAGAUAUUGCUUUUGUUUAUAAGGUUUACAUCACAAAGGUAAAUCUUAAACGUCCUUCCAAUUGGGCUUGUACUGGAAGUCUCUUUUUUGUUAGUUUAUUAUUUAAAUGGUAACUGUUCAUUACAACAGACAGAGGUACUGUCACUUCUUUAAAAUGAGAAAUGGAAUUUCCCUCUUGGGGAAACUUAUGUGGAUGGAUAUUAUGCAGAUAAAUAUGAAUGAUGUAUUUACAAGUUGUCUUUUUAAUUCAAUUAUUGACUUCUGUCUCCCCCUCUCUACCCUCCCCUUUAUAUAUCACAAUAGCAGUAAUCUCCAUUAUCCAGUGAUGCUGAACUGAUCUUUUUCUUCAGUGUUUGUUCAUAAUGGGGAACCACUGAAAUGUCUUGCUCAUGUAAGGUUGUUUUUAAAAAAUGGCUAUUUUAUCUUUUCACUGUAGAGUAACAUCAUUGGAAGUUAGUCAGUUUCUUCUCAAGGAAUUUGUAAUUCCAUUCCACAGUCAGUAUUCUGCCAUUAAUGGCAUUUAAAGUCAUUCAAGAAUAAAUAUUUGUAUAUAUUUCUUUUCCUCAGAGCCAUUGCUGCCGAAUGCUUUCUAAUGGGACAAAGAGAAGUAAGUCAAUACAGCUUACUAAAAUGAGUAAUUAUAACAUUCUGUAAAACUUGCAUACCUUGGCUUUAUCCAAACCAAUGGUCAUCUCUUAAACCGAAGAUUUCUAGAGUUGAAAUACUCUAUGAACAAACAGCGAAGCAUUUGCCUCAAGUGUGAAAAAUAUCUUUGGUAAUCAAGGUAGAAUGGAUUAUAUCAUGAGUACUUGUGCAUACUGGUUGUGUGUAUCUUUCCCUUACCAGGGGGACUGUAUUCUUCUCCUACUUUUGGUGGGGUACUUUCUUGGUUUGGGUUUUUUGGGGUGGUUUGGUUUUUUGUUUAACCUAGAGGGGAUUGCUAGCACUUAAAAUACAGUAGAGGGAAGAAAGGAUUGCUCUUCUGGAAGGCACUAACAACUAUCUUUACAAGUUGUUGGAAGGGUGGGUCUGCCAAGUCAAUGCAUGUAGAGUUUGAGUAGCUCCUGACCCCACCAAAGACAUCAGUGUUUUUUUUUCUCCAAAAAUAACAAGUUUACUCAUUGGUACUUUGGAGAGGGAAAUAUUUCUAUCACACUCUAUACAAGAGGUUUUCAGCACAGCAACUGAGUCACUUUUCAGUUCAAACAGAAUGGAUCUUACUGGUAUUGUAGCUGUCACCUUCAAAAUAUGUGGAAACAUGCUGUGCAUUGGCGGGGAUCAUGAGGCCCUGGAUUUGACUCACCACUUGUUUGUGGUGUUUCUGAGCCACUUCUCUGCUGUAUCUUGUUUUGUGUCAUUCUUGUAGUGGCUGAUUCUCAGCAUCCUUCUCUUCUGUCAGUGGUCUUUCUUUUGAAAUGAUAUUAAAGCUUUAACUGAUCCAUAAUGGUAGCAUGGCUAUUGUUAGACUCACAUAUGAAAUCUUUUCUUUCCUUUUUUACUGUCUCCUAGAAUGUUUAAAGGGAACACAUGCACCCCCAAACAGACAGUUAUUUGGUUUGUAAGAUCAAAUGGUUCAAAGUCAGGAGAUAUCAAAGGCAUGGUUGCCUAUUCAACCUUAAUUCUGUCUCUGUGUUGAUGGUUUGGUGUAAUCUGUAAUUAGUCACAGAUCCCUGCUUCAGUCGUUGUAUUAGAUGGACUACAUUUUAAGGCACUGCCUAUAGUGAGGCUGGUGACUUAAAAGAUAGCUGCUUUGUUUGGUUAGAAAGUUAAAAAAAUAUAUCUCAAAUGAAUCAAAAAGGGUCCUUAAAGAAAAUGAACCAAUUAAAAUGAAGGCAUAUGUAAAACACCGUAGCUGGAUUACACCCAGAAGAAAUCUUGCGGUUUUCUUCUGCAACCACCUGACUAUAUCGUGUGGAGUAAAAUCACUUGGGUAGGCACACACAGUGUAGUUGGGUUUGUGUGUGUGUUUGUGAGGGCAGCUUAGUUUGGGAUGUAGUGAGCACUUAAAACUGUUUAUGCAAAUCAGUGACUGUUCCAGAUAACUGGAUUUUCUAGUAGGAUAUUGUUUUAAAAUUGAAUUGUGAUUCAGAUUCUGGAUAUCCUGUUCCUGGAGAACCUGUCAUUUAUUCCCUUCAGAGGUCAUGUAAAGGUUUGCUAAAGGAAUAUAAAAAUGAGUAUGAGUAUUUAAAAUGCCAACACAUACCUCCCCUAAUGACUCUCUGAUUGAAGUUGGUACUUUAGAUACCAGUGGCUGAAGGAGACUUGAGUAAAUAUUUGGAUUAAACAUUUUGGUCCUCUAUUUCUACCCAUAAAACCCCCCAUUUUUUCUUUUUAGAGAGUUGCAAAGAUGCAUACUGAUUAUUAAAGCACAGCUAGAUGAUGAAGAAGAAAAACCUGUGAAAGUUAUUUUCAUUGCAGGGCUGGGAUGGUAUGCAAUAAGCAAGACCUUGAGACUACAUAUUCAGUGGUUAAAGAGAAAUAUUCAGUAAGCCGCUUCAUUCCCUGAGAGUUCCAUCCUGUGCAGUGAAUGAGGCAAGAGUCUUGUGAAGCAAAAUAGAAUGUCCUCAUGUAGUUAAUCAUGUGCAUACAAGGGUCAGAAUUAAGGUCAGAUGUUAACUUGCCUUGGCAUUUAGUAGCAAUUUAAUGCUUAACUUUGAAACUUUUUAAAAAAACAUUUUAGAAAUUAUUGCAAAAUAUUUGUGCUUCACAUCGCUCGUUUUUGAGUGCAUGAAAUUGUGGUGACUUCUAAUACUUGUUUUUAUUUUACAGGUCCAUCAUUUAUAUCAGAGAGCCCUUCAGAAGUUACCUCUAUGUGCAACACUGUGGAAAGAUGUAAUGUUUUCUCCUUAUGAUUCAGUUUGAGGUUUCAUAUAAAUUUUCUGCAUAUCCCAUAUCCAUAGAUGUGGUGAUGCUCAAGCUCUGGCUAAAUCUUAUAUCUGCUUCCCCAUCUCUUACAGCAACUCUUGUUUGAAGCAUCAGGAGGAGGUAAAACUGAUAACCUGAGAAAACUAGUUUCCAAGUGCCAAGAGGUUGGAGUCAGCCUAGAUGAGCUUUUAAAUUUAAACACUUACAGAACAGAAAGCAAGAAUCACUGAACGCU